AUGCCCAGCACAGACACUGAGCGCGACCUGAAACGCGUGCGUGUAGAUACGGCGUUUUUUCUAGCGGCAGAUCCACGCAUGCCAGACUUUCGCCAUGGACUCUUUCUUGCGCCCAUGGUACGUAUCGGCACAUUGCCGUCCAGGCUUCUUGCGCUUGAGUAUGGCGCAGAUCUUGUUUGGGGUCCCGAGAUCGUCGAUAGGGCCAUUAUGGGCACGGAGCGCCAGGUGAACCGCACCACUGGCGAAAUCGAAUUCCUCAAAGAAAAUAAGCAAAUCUUUUCCUGCCACCCCGUGGAGCGGCCCCGGCUUAUUUUUCAAGUUGGUUCGUCCUCUCCAGAGAACGCAGCUGAAGCGGUCCGCAUUGUCACAGCGCACGACGACGUUGCCGGCGUAGAUCUGAAUUGCGGCUGCCCAAAACCAUUUUCUACUUUGGGCGGUAUGGGCGCAAAUCUGCUCAGCGAUCCGGACCUCUUGUGCGAAAUUCUGACGCACAUGCGCCGCGCUGCACCGCCGCAUGUCAGCGUUACGGCGAAAAUACGGCUCCUACCGACACAGGAAGCGACGCGCGCGCUAGUCGAGCAGAUUGUGCGCACUCGCACCAUUCGUGCCUUGACAAUCCACUGCCGCACAAAAAAUAUGCGUCCCCGCGAGCCUGCACUGCUCGACAGGUUUAGCGAGAUUGCUGCACAUGUGGCGAUGGUUGCAAAAGAAACAGGCCAAGAUAUCCCAGUCGUGUGCAAUGGCGACUGUUUCAGCGCGAGAGACGUGGGGAUGAUUCGGGAGCGUACCGGCGCAACCAGCCUAAUGUUGGCGCGCGGCCCCGAAGCGAAUCCGUCCUGUUUUGGGAGGCGUGUAUGUGCAGCGACAGAGAUUGCCCCCAAGUGGCUCCAAUACGCAGUCUACUUUGAUAAUCCAUUUGGGAAUACAAAGUACUGCAUGACGCAGCUCGCAUUUACCACCACGGGCGGCGCUGGGGACGCCGAGAAAGUAUCCCCCCUGCCCAAACGCGAGCUUGUCGCGCGACGCGCGGCGCUCAGUCAGGCCAAGACACACGAGGAAAUUGCACACGCACUGCGGCUUUCAUGGCCGGCGGAAGGAGCCGAGCAGCUCCUUGCCCAUGUACAGACCACGAUCCAACAGCAAACACCUGCAUAG